AUGUCACAGUUCGUGUGGCCGGCCGUGGUGAUUGCGUGCAUUGCCAAACGGCGAUAUAAUUUGUUUUGUCACUUUUAUGUGAUUUACAAGUCAAGAUUUCAACGUGUCAUUCAAUCAAAGAUGGACCAGUUCCUUAUAUCAGUCAAGCUCAUACAGUCUCCAAGGCCAAGGUUGGGUAAAUUUUCCGAAAAUGUAGGCCUAGCAGAAAUGAGGAUGCCUGUUCACGCGACGCAAAGUGGGGCCGAGAUACGAGACGAGGUUGCUCGCAUAUCGGGACAGUCCCCCGCAGACAUUCGUCUGAUAUUCGCUGGAAAGUUGAUCACUGAUGUGCAAACAAUGGAGGAUCUUAGGAUAUGUGAGAACACUGUGAUCCAUGCUGUACCUUCUCAGAGAAUUCAACAUUGCGAGACCAUUCAUGACACUGACGUGGAACAACCACCGGUGCUUGGUCUCUUAGAAUCAAGAAUUGUGGACAAAGAUGGCAAUAUACCUGAUCUUGACCCUGGGUCAUCUCUUCGACCUGGCUUCUAUGUUUAUUGCAAGAGUCAUUGUGUCUCAAUACAACCUGGCAAGCUGAGGGUGUGCUGUCAAACCUGUAAGGAUCCUGCUUUCAUUGUCAGAGAGGAUCCUGUAUGCUGGGAUGAUGUCAUUCUGUCCGAUAGGAUAUCAGGAAGUUGCCUUACUCCAGGUUGCCAAGGUGAUAAAGCUGAAUUUUUCUUCAAGUGUUCAUCACACAUAGCAUCAGGGAAUGAUCAACUCACAGUACUUCCUCUCAUACGGACCAACACCAGAAGGGUUAUGUGCAUCACAUGUGCAGAUGUCUUAAUAUCUGUUUUGGUCUUUCCAUGUUCAGCUGCUCAUGUGAUGUGUUUGGAUUGUUUUAGCCAAUACUGUAGGUUGUGUUUAAAUGAGAGGAGAUUUAUUCAGAGUCCUCAGCUAGGAUACACAUUACCAUGCCCAGCUGGAUGUGAGGAUUCUCUCAUCAAGGACUCACAUCAUUUCUUGGUGCUGGGAAAGGAACAGUAUGCCCGAUACAAGAGAUUUGGUACCGAGGAGUAUCUUCUAAGUGAGGGCGGGGUCCUGUGCCCCUCCCCAGGGUGUGGUGCUGGUAUACUACUAGAAUCAGGAGAGGAGAGGAGAGUGGAAUGCCUGCAGGAGGAAGGCUUUGGAUGUGGGUUUGUCUUCUGCCGGAACUGCCAUGAAGCCUACCACGAUGGGGAGUGUGGACAGAGGAUAGAAGAGCCUCAGAGUCCGACAGCAUUGGGGUCAGAGGUCAACAGUGAGAGGGAGCGACAAGCAAGACGGGAGAAUGAAGAGAGUAGAAGAAUCAUAGCAGAGACCAGUAAACCUUGCCCUAACUGCAAAGUGCCUGUAGAAAGAAAUGGUGGAUGCAUGCACAUGGUCUGCAGUCAAGCCCAAUGCAAGUAUGAGUGGUGUUGGAUAUGCGGAAUUGGCUGGAACAUGGACUGCCUAGAAGAUCAUUGGUUUGGUACAGGGUUUCUUUUGUGACAUCACAAUAUGAAAGCAAAUCCCUAAAACUUGUUUCGACAUAUGUUGUGAUAAAGAAGAUGA